AGAGAGUAAAAAUUUCACCUUUUUCCGAUUAAAGGAAUUCCAUACACCAAAUUACACCUCUGUUUUUCACCAAAUUUACCUGCUCUAGCUAAACCUUUUCAAGUUUCCAGUUCUUGAAAGUGAAACCCGGAUUUCAAAUUCUUUUCUCAAUUGAAUUAAAUUGAGGCCCCUCGAGUUUGACUAAGUUGCAAAAGGAACAAAAAAUAAAGGGGUGAUGAAGAAGAAAUAAAGCAAGGAAUACCAGUUAUCUUGCAUUGGUCAACAAUUUCAAAAAUAAGUUUUCAUCUGAAUGGAUGCUGCCAAAAAAGCAAUGGCUUCUGAAGUAACAUUAGUUGCUCCUGGAGCUUCUUCAUCCAGCUACAAUUUCGGCCCACGGGCUGAUAAUCUUGGCCCGGGAACUCUUCCCUCGGCUGCAGUUGUGAUACACGAAGGCCAGGCUAAGAAGAAAAGAGGUCGGCCAAGAAAGUAUGCGCCUGAAGGGCCCAUACUGUCCUCGUCAGCUCCACCCACAACCACCAAAUCCCGCGUGGCGGAGAAAAAAAUGAGUCUUGAACGCCCGAUCAGUUCCGAGAGGAAAUAUAGGAAUAAAGUUGGAGCGGAAAAAUUAGAUGAUUGGGACGAUUGUUUAACGGGUUCGAGUUUUUUGCCGCACGUGAUUACUGUGAAUGCUGGCGAGGACAUAUCGGCAAAGAUUGUGGAAUUCUCUCAACGUGGGCCGCGUAGUGUUUGCGUGUUAUGUGGCAAUGGGACAGUUUCGAGUAUAACAAUCAGACAUCCUAAUUCAUCUGGAGGCACUUGUACUUAUGAGGGUCUAUUUGAAAUUCUUUCUUUCACUGGAUCAUUUAAUCCGAUCGAGAUAGAAGACUCCAAAUUCGGGAGAUGUGGCACAAUGACCAUUAGUUUGGCGGGAGCUGAUGGUCGUGUAAUUGGAGGUUUCAUUGGCGGGCACACGAUAGCCGCUUCCCCUAUAAAGGUGAUUGUUGCUAGUUUUCUACUGGGUGAGACUUACCCUGUCCUAAAACCACCUAAGCAGAAAAUGGAAAGCCCAUUUGCACCCGAUGGGUCGGGCCCAAGUGGUCCUCCAGGCCCAGCUGUCAGUUUCGACAAGCGGGUCAUAAGUUUUGGCAAUGCCUCACAAGGGCCCAGCCGUGAAAGCCCAAACACCAAUUGGGAGCCCACACAAGUUGCAGAAAGGCCCAGAAAAUCGACUGCAGACAUUAAUAUAUCCUUGCAGGGGUAGCUAUUUCAGCAUUGCUGCUAACUGUUGUCGGCCGCUAAUCGAACCACGGUUAAAAGCAAGACAUUUUUAUCUGUAUUAUUCUUUAUAUAUCAUUAUCAAUGUUUAGUAUAACUCCAGCUGCUAUAGUAGGGUCUUUAGUCUUAAAUUAGUUCCACCUCUUGUGUGAAAUUUGAUGGUUUCUUUAGGUGUCACACAUAUGGCUUGGCUUGUGUGGUGAAAACUUAUUUGCUGAUAUAUUCAGGUCCGUUUCUUUAGAGGAUCCAGUGCAAAACAAUAAAAGGAGCCAUUUGUAUUUACAUCAAAAAAUUUGAGAAGAAAAUAUUCAAUAUCAC